AUGAAUUGCCCCUCGCGGAACGACGACACAAUCGCCCAUCCGGCGUGGAACCAGAGUCCACCGCCCUUCAGUCCAGACACCACCACCCGCAAUGACUUCAACGGCCUCGCCAACUCUAGAGUCCACCGUAGACUUGCUGCCGGCAACAGUAUAGGCACAGGAGAGGAUACAUUAUCCCUAGACUUACGACCGCACAUCAUCGGUGACCCGGAUCCUGUCAAAGAGAAGACCGCGGACGGUGAAGUGUUCGCCACGACCUCGGGGUGUGAACCACCUUCGAGGACGUGCGGAUUACCUCACCGUCCUUUCCAAUUCCAAUCAUUCUUUUCCUCGUCAACUGCAAGCUGCACUCGCAGAUUGGUCAAAUUCGCCCGUUUUGUCGGGCCCGGCUUCCUCAUCGCGGUCGCAUAUAUCGACCCGGGAAACUAUGCCACCGACGUUGCAGCCGGUGCGGAGUUUAAGUAUGCCUUGCUGUUCAUAGUUCUCCUGUCCAACCUCUUUGCGAUCCUACUGCAGUCGUUGUGUAUCAAGCUGGGAUCUGUGACGGGUCUCAAUCUGGCUGAAAAUUGCCGUGCGCAUCUGCCUCGCUGGCUGGUAUAUUUCCUUUACUUCUUAUCGGAAGCGGCUAUCAUUGCAACGGAUAUUGCAGAGGUUGUUGGUUCUGCGAUCGCGCUGAACUUGCUGGGAGGCAUACCCUUGGUAGCGGGAUGUGCUAUCACGCUGGUGGAUGUGUUCUUUCUACUACUCUUCUGGCGUCCCAACGGGUCCAUGUGGGGGUUGCGCUUGUUUGAAUUUUUUGUCAUGGGCCUCGUGCUGGCCGUGGUUAUCUGCUUUUGCAUUCAGCUGUCUCUCAUCAAGAAUCAGUCAGUUGGGGAAGUCUUCCGAGGCUAUCUCCCGUCGUCUGCAAUUGUCCAAUCUGAAGGUCUCUACCAAAGUUGCGGUAUCCUCGGUGCAACCGUCAUGCCACAUUCCCUCUUUCUUGGCAGUGGAGUUGUUCAGUCCCGUCUCAAAGACUUCGAUGUCACCGAGGGCUACGUACAGUCCACUGUGCCCCUGGGAAGCACUGGCGGUGAAGUUGAAUAUCGCCCUUCGAUUCAAGCUAUCCGUAGCUGCAUGAAAUACUCUAUCAUCGAGUUGUCAUUGUCGCUCUUCACGUUUGCUCUUUUUGUCAAUAGCGCUAUUCUCAUUGUCGCUGGUUCCGCCCUAUACGACGUUCCUGGUGGCGCUUCCGCUGAUCUCUUCGGCAUUCAUAAAUUACUUUCCUCAUCAAUCUCCAAGGGCGCCGCUCUCGUUUUCGCACUGGCACUUCUGCUGUCCGGUAUAUCUGCUGGAAUUGUAUGCACCAUGGCUGGCCAAAUGGUCAGCGAGGGUAUGUUGAACUGGAGCAUCAAACCAUGGCUUCGACGACUCAUCACUCGCUCCAUCAGCAUUAUCCCCAGCAUUAUCAUCGCUGCCGCUGUGGGCAAGGAAGGACUUGACAAGACCUUGACCGCGAGUCAGGUCGUUUUAAGUGUCAUCCUGCCAUUCGUCUCGGCUCCUUUGAUUUGGUUUACUUGCUUCAACAAAUAUAUGACCGUACCCGCCGAGCAAACCAGCGAAGGGGACGGAGAGGUGGAAGUUGAGAAAAUUGGGAUGCGCAAUCACUGGGCCCUCUCCAUCAUCGCGGUGCUGGUCUGGUUACUCAUUGCCGUGAUGAAUAUCGCGCUGCUGGUACUGGUCGGUCUGGGAAAAGCUUGA